AACUUCUUUUAGAAAGGGCACGAAGAAGGAAACGGCUAACAGUAGCUAGCGCCACUAGUUGCCAUUGUAAUGAUAGCAAGUGAAGCCGGGGAGGACUGCUUUGGGAAGGCGGUGUCCUGCCAUAAUAUUUGGACAAGGUUGGUGCUUCAUAAUGCGGCGAGGGGAGCACGUUUCUCGGGCUUUCCAGGCCCCGGUGGAUGUCCAUGCCAGUGCAGAUGGCCAAGUUUACAUGUUCAAUAGACGACCCAAUGAGUCCAUUGGAUCCUCAGAUGAUGAGGAGCUCAAUGUCAUGGAGAUGAGGCCACGGGUUUUCCGAGACCAGGAGCAGGACGGACUGAGAAACAUCCAGCUGCUGGAGAGGGAGGUGUUAGAUGGUGACAACCUCAACAAGCUUGCACUGCAAUAUGGCUGCAAGGUGGCAGAUAUAAAGCGAGUCAACAACCUUAUGCAGGAACAAGAUUUAUUUGCACUGAAAUCUAUCAAAAUCCCUAUUCAGAAACACAGCUUUUUAACAGAGACAUACUCGGACCUAACUGACCCUCAAAAAGAAAUGCCACCUUCAUCUGAAACACCAGAGAAGCCCCUGGACCGAGCCAGAGCUCAGCCACAUCUGCAGGAGGUCACAGACUUUCUAAUGGAGGUGGACCACGAUAUUGAGAAACUGAUUCAGACCACGAACGAUCAAGAUGAGGAUCUCUUGGAUAACUCUGACAGACGAUUUGGUUUCAGAGGAAAUCGUCUGACCAGUCAUGGUGCAGACUGGGGCAUCCAGUGGUGGAACGCUGUGGUCGCCAUGCUCCUGAUCGGCAUCGUCCUGCCGUUAUUUUAUGUAAUUUAUUUCAAAACAAAAGAUAAUGGAGUAGUUUCACCAACAGAUGCUAGUGGUGCCGUACAGUCAUCCACCACCUCUCCACCCCCCUCGGGGACAGGCCUCAGUACAGGAGGAAAGUAUUUGCAAGAACCAGGAUAGUACAGAUUCAGAAAACCAGAAUCAUUUUUAAGACUGUUGGGUUUGAUGGUUUCAUAAGUAGGUGACAAUCAAGAUAAGCCAAAUCUCUUAAAAUGUUAACUCAAUCAGUGCAAUACCACCAUGUGUCUGUGAAUUUUACUUCUUAUUUUAUACUAUAACUGUGAUGCUUGAGACAAAGUGAAAUGGCUACUCCCUGUUCUCAUUUUUGUGACAAUUUAGGACACUAACAUUUUGUCAAGCGGUAGCGUUUCCUGAAAUAUUACCCUUGAUACUGUUUGAUACCUGAUCCUUUGGUUUGUCUGUUGGGAUUAUAGGUCUGUGGGUGCUUUACUAAACUCGAGGUAGUAAU